AUUCUCUCUCUCUCUCUCUUUCUCUUUCUCGGGGGCCCCCAGAUUACCUCCCCUUGGCCCGAUGUCCAAGACAAGGCAACCUUCUCGCAGACAGACUCACCGAUUUCUUAUGUUUCUGUCUCUCUCCUUCUUACACUCAAAGAAAACGUGUGAAAAGAAUCCCAAAGGACAAGAUAUCAAUAAUUUGUGAGUUACUGCUGAGAAGAGUUCGAGGGAGGAGAUUUGAAAUCAUCUUUCACUACAUUGAAGAUCUGUGAUCCAAAUGGAUUAGUCAUCAUCUUAAUGUUCUCUCCUUAAUCUCUUACUUGAAGGGCUAAAAUGUACCCGGUACAGUCGAUGUACCCAGUGGAUAGACCUUUUGACUAUGACAUCUGUAGCCGUGGUUUCUCUCAGAUUGACCACCACCACUUGAACGGCUGCAGUGACAAUGGGUCGGCCCCUUCACACCCCCCUACCUCAACAACACCUCAGGGCCCAAUGUCACCACAUUCUCAGCAUUCAACCGACCACAAACAGGUGUUGCCCGACAACGGCAGUAUGUGCUGGAAACCGUUUCCAGAAUCUGGUAAAAAUGGCGGCAACUUCAAGAACUGCCUCAACGUACCCAACGCCGAUGCCAUUCAUUCCAAUUCACAUUCACUCAGCCACUCCCAUCUUUUACCCCACAUGAAUUCCCACCCUAACCAAGGGGUGGGCCGGGGUGGAGGACGGGGUCGUGGUCGAGGUUCUGGAACCGUUUCAACGAGUACAACAGAGAAAACGUUCAACUGCACUUUCUGUCGAAAAGCCUUUGCCCAACGUGCCAAUCUGCACAUCCAUGAAAGGUCUCAUACCGGAGAGAAACCAUUCAAAUGUAGCUAUUGUCCAAAAUCCUUUUCUCUGAAGGCGAACAUGAAGAUUCACGAGCGAACCCACACUGGGGAGAAACCGUUCAGUUGCAGUUUUUGCCAGAAGAGCUUCAGCCAGCGUGCCAACCUGGAUAUCCACGAACGUACACACACAGGCAUCAAACCGUUUCAGUGUUCGUUUUGUCCCAAGUCGUUUCCUCAGAGAGCCAACCUGAAUAUCCACGAACGUACACACACGGGGGAAAAACCGUUCGUCUGUGGUAUUUGCAAAAAAAGUUUUAGCCAACGAGCUAAUUUGAAUAUUCAUGAACGUGUCCACACAGGUGUGAAACCUUACAAGUGCUCUGUCUGUGACAAGGCAUUUUCUCUCCGGGCGAAUCUACACAUCCACGAACGCAUUCAUACUGGGGAGAAACCGUUCUCAUGUUCAGUAUGUACCAAGUCGUUCAGCCAACGUGCUAACUUGGACAUACAUGAACGCACGCACUCUGGUGAGAAACCGUUUCAGUGUUCAUACUGCCGUAAGGCGUUUCCGCAGCGAGCAAAUUUGGACAUACACGAGCGCACUCAUACAGGAGAAAAGCCAUUCACAUGUGCAAUAUGUCUGAAAGGUUUCAGCCAGCGUGCAAAUUUAAACAUUCACGAACGUGUUCACACAGGCCUGAAGCCAUAUCGAUGUUCUGUGUGCGACAAAUCAUUCUCUCAGCGAGCUAACUUGGAUAUACAUGAACGCACUCACACGGGACUAAAACCUUAUCAGUGUUCUUACUGUGAAAAGACAUUUCCUCAGAAAGCCAACCUUACGAUCCACGAACGCACCCACACGGGCGUCAAGCCGUACACGUGUGGGGUGUGCAAGAAAUCAUUUAGUCAGAGGUCUAACUUAAAUCAUCAUGAAUGUAUUCGCAUACCUGUAGUGCCACCGCCACUCAUCCAAAAACCUUACACGUGUGACAUUUGUAAAAAGGGCUUUGCUCAAAGGGCCAACUUAAACAGCCAUGCCUGUGCCCAAGCAGCCAGUGCUAAGGCAUUGAGCCAAAACAAACCCCUUAGCAACAACAACAACACAACUAACACACCCAACACUGCUAAUGACAAUAACAACAACAACAAUAAUGCUAAUACUAAUACUAAUAAUAAUAGUAAUAACAAUAGUAAUGGAGGCAGUGGUUCUAAUACUCCUGAUAGCACUGGGUCUGCUCCCACUAGUGGAAUGUGUCAGCAAGCCCCCCUCUCUGGGAAGGGAAAGUCAUCGGCCAGAGUGAACAUCCAUCCACCCCAGACUGCCACCUCUCCCCCCUUGCACCACUCGCACCACUCCCCAUCACCCCAUCACCAGCAGCAACAGCACACGCCAUCGUCUUCUCCGUCACCGCACUCUCCACAUCCGCCUCUCCCCCAUUCAUCACAACACCCACACAAUACCUCAGCUGAUGAGCCCCACUCACACAACAGGAGUUUCCAGCCUCCCGCCCAGUCCCCACACCCUCCUCACUCCAUCUCCCCGCACCACACGUCUGCUGCAGCUGCCGCAGCCCUGCGACUGCAACCGUUGUCAAUCCCUUCAUCGUACACGCAUCAUCAGAUGAUGCAGUCGUGGGGUGGUAACUACGGCAGCUGGCCAAGGGGUUUCCCAAUGUCAUCCCAGUGGGGGUCGCCCGGGUGGGGCCCUAACAACGGCUCAAACACACAGAGUGCAUUUUCCUGCAAUGUUGUACCAAAGCAGAGCAAGCGAGGUGCAAGUGGCAACAGUGUUGGGUCUGGAGGGGUUGACAAACACAAACCUUCCAUCUGAACCCUUUCACAACAACAACAACAACAACAAUCCUGAUGGCAAGAAUUUGGGCAAAAAUGCUGAAUUGUGUUGAUAGAUGAUUAGAUGUUUGCCUCAUGUUUAGUUGCAGCUUACCGUGUGUAUGUGUGUAUAUUUACAUAUGCAUAAACAUGUGUGCAUGUUUGUGUGUGUGUAUACAUAAAGGAUAUACACACGUAAACAUAUGUACUCGUGUGUGUGUGUGUGUAUAGAUAUAAACAUACGUAAACAUAUGUACACGUGUGGAUGUACGAAGAUAAUACAAUUACAUGUGUGUUUGUAUCUGUAUAUGCAUAUACACUCGUGUUUGUAUCUGUAUAUGCAUAUACACUUGUGUUUGUAUCUGUAUAUGCAUAUACACUCACAGAUAUAGGCACACACACACACACAUGUACACACCACAGUAUCAUGAAGUUGUCUACCAACAAAAUGCAAAAUGUAAUUUGACACCUUAUGUAGAAAGACAGGCGCUAAAUAAUGGUUGAGCCUAUAUACUGGCAGGUGGGUCCACUCCCAAAACAAUACCUGUGUUCAGAUUUACAUUUCCACUGUGACUUCUCAGAAACUGGGGCCACUAAAACAUCAAACUUAAGCUUUAAGUACUGCUUUCUACUCAUAAUGCUUUUAUAACCUUCCAACCCCAUUCAGUGCACAUCCACCCCACCCCCCACAUCUCUCUCCUUUCCAUCCAUUUCAGUGUCUCACCUCUCCUCCUUACCAAACCAUGCACUAAAACCUUUCAUCCAAUCAUUUCUCCCUGCUGCUCCUACCUGCCGGACCCUCCCAAUAAGCUCCAACCUGCAGGUGUUCACAUCCUCACCCAUCUGGUAGUUCCUGUAAAAGUUGUGGCGUUCCACCUCCUCCCGUGACUAAUUAACCCUUCUGAUGUGAACCUGCCCAACGAGACCACUUCUUGUCUGAUGUUAAAACCUCCCUGUCUUAACGUGAUUUAAAACGGAAACUUUCCAUCAAAAUUUAAUCUUAAUUUAUACUCCAAAACAUCAGAUUAAUAACAACAAAGUUAUUUUAGUGAAUUCUUUGUUGUUUUAAAAAUUAAUUGGAUCGAAGACAGUUUAUUUCAAUGAAAAUAUGACAAAGAAAUGGUUGAGAAAACCUGUUUUAUGGGAAGCUUAUUGAGGAAUAUUUUAAAAUAUGAUUUGGGUGAAGCGUGGCUGUAGAUAAUAUGAAAGUGUCAUGUUUUAUUAAUUUACAGAGAGUUUCCAUGACUACCUGAAGAUUGGCUGGGUUUAGGCAGUCUUGUUUCUCACUUGUUGUGACUUUGUCUGCCAGCAGAUCAGUGGAACCUGUCUAUGGCAGACAAAAUCAUGUCCUGUCCCUAAAAGUAGAGUCAUUAACAUCGGUGGACUGGGGGUGAUGGGCUGGAGAUAGUCUGUGUUGGCAAGACAAGACAAAGGAAGGGAUCAGGUACAAAAAUGUUGAGUCACUUUGUCUUUUAUCUCCUGGUCCAGGGAUAUUCAUCCAAGUCGCUUUACAGUGUACCUUUACUGGGGCAGCUCAUUGAGGAUGUCUUGAGAUAAGAUUUAUGUACAACAACCAACAAGGGAGCCUCUCUAGUCAUUGAAUCUGCUAGAAUUAGCAGAUUUCCCUGAAGUUUCAACUUCACUACUUUGCCCCUCGUCUCUCUUAAACAUAGUCACCCUCUGUUGUAGGUGAUGAGAUGGGGUCUCUGCUCUGACAACUUCUGUCAUUCUUCCACCAAUCUUGGACACCCUUAAUUGGGUCAUGGAUGCUGUCCUUCCCCUUUUAACUGGGUCAUUAAAUUAAUACAUUGGCUAAUGUAAACCAAAACGGUGUCUGAAGAAGAGGUGGGGUGGCAAUACUGUUUUAAAAUGAAGAAGCUCACUUUGGAUCAUGUAGUCCCAGGUACACUUUACCUAGAAAAAACAGAAACUGGGUUGCAACUGCUGAAAUCCCUUUCAUCAUGGGUUUGUUAUAAUCAGGACCUGUCUGAUUGUAAAUAACAACAGCCUUCUUCCUGCUGUAUAUUUUAGUCAAGUUGGGAUGUCAGAAAGGUCUGGAGUGAAUUAAGACAGUGUUGUCAGCAAUGGAGUGCAGAGUAAUCCAAAGACUCAGUUUACAGCAAUUCCACUGUGCUAAUAAAGGGGAUUUGGCAUUGGGCUGCUAAUUUCUGAGGAAGGAGAUUAAUGGAUUGAUUUAUUAUAACCAGCUCCAUUAAGCUGGUGGUUUAAGUUAAUUCUAGGAUUAAAAGACCACCAUGUAAUGUUGGCAGUUUUUAAUAAAAAUGCUGAGAGGGAAUACACUAGGGUGAGGCAUUUAGGCCACUGCAUUGCCAUUUCAAUUGUAAUAAUGUUUCAGAUUUAGACACAUGACCAACACUUUUGAGAGCAGGGGGUUAAUCAAUUGCAUUGACCCCAGAUUGAUGAAUGAUGAAAUUGGCCUCAAAAUUUGAAGUUGGGACUUAGGGAGCUGAAAGAAACACAGCAGGGCACUUUGUCCUACUUUCUGACAAUAUUUGGUUUCUGGCAUUGUGACAAAACCAUUCAAGUGUGAGUGUGUGUUGUGGUGGCUAUGGUGGGAAUGUAGUCAGUUGAAUGCGUUUCCAGUUGUUGUUUUAUCAAUCUCAGAGAGAUGGAAGACAAUAAACCCCGAUGGAGUUUAAACUUAGAAAUAAUAAGAGAUACAACUAAAUAUUGCAAACAUUUAGUUCAUCACCUUUGUUUCUGUUGGUUUAUUUCCCUAAUAAUAAUAAUAAUAAUCCUUUCUACUAUAGGCACAAGGCUAGAAAUUUUGGGAUAUGGG